AUGAGCGAUCAUGUGGAGCACACUUCGUCGUCCUCCUCGAGCACCACUCGAUGGGUGCAGAAGUUGAACAAGACCUGGAAACGCCAAGACGAGGACAACGAGGAACAGAGCGGCGCAUCAGGCAGUGGCAGCGCUCAAUGUACCGACGGUGCGCCCAGCCAAGGCGAUGGGCUGCGGCUCCCCCUGUCAGCAGCCGGAUCGGUCAGAGGAGAUGUGGAGUCAGAAGAGGUCUCUCCGCACACGGCUGGCACGUGUGAUCCAUGUGUCUACUUUAACUCUGGCCGUGGCUGCUCCAAAGGAGAUGCUUGCAUCUAUUGCCACCUCCCACAUCCCAGCUCGAGUGUCUCGGGACAACAUCGUCCACGAAAGCUAACUCGGGACAAGAUCAAAGAGCGAAUCGAGCGGUGCUUUGAGGAGGAAUCGGAGGAGACGCUGCACGAUGCCUUGCAGAGAGAAGCACGUAAACAUGAUUAUGCUCGUGUGAUCCUGCAGGGCUACUUCCCAUCCGCCGGACAAGAGGGUGUUUUAGAACCUGGUGAGGUGACGCGUGUGACCCGGACUGAGGGCAACCAGCACACCCCCGACUGA